AUGGACAACCUGACAUUCAGACACGGCAUUCUACUCGUGGAGGGACUGAAAGUUACACCUCAGUCAUCUCAGCCUGUUUUCAUUGUGCUUCUCUUGGCUUAUGUCUUUGCAGUGGUUUCCAACAUUGGACUUAUAGUUCUAAUCUCAACAGAGAAGAAUCUGCAUGACCCAAUGCAUUUUCUGUUCUGUAACUUGCCAGUGAAUGAUAUAAUAGGGACCACUGUCAUUAUGCCACGCUUACUACAAGACAUUUUAAAGGAAGCUUCAGAGCGCUAUAUAUCAUAUGUGGAGUGUGUUAUUCAAGCUUAUUUUGUGCAUGUAUUUACAUCAGCAUGCCACUAUGUGCUUAUGAUAGGCCUUUCUGUGCGGCUGUCUCAUUGUAGGUAUAAAAUUGAAAACCCUUUCUGUGACAAUGCCUCACUGUUUAAACUGUCCUGUGAAAAUGUGAUUAUUAACAAUAUCUUCGGAAUUAUUUAUACUGUGAUUGCACUCAGUCUGUCAGCAGUAUCAAUAUUCAUAACGUAUGUAAAGAUUGUUGCUGUAUGUAUAACCAGCAAAAACAAAGCACUGAACAGCAAAGCCAUAAAAACCUGCAGCACUCAUUUAGCUGUUUAUUUAAUCAUGUUUAUUUCUGGAGCUGUGUUUAUAUUUCUUCAUCGUUUCCCUGAAUACGCUGACAGCAGGAAACUAGCUAGUAUAAUGUUUCACAUUGUACCACCAGGAUUAAAUCCCUUAGUAUAUGGUUUACAAACCAAAGAGAUAAGACAAAAGAUUGUUAAACUCUGGUGUAGAAAAAAUCGAAUUCUUUAA